CUGCAGAGGUGUUUAUACUAUUUUUGUGAUAGCAAAUGCCAGUUGUUCAAGACGAACUAUGCAGCGUGUGUGGUAGAGAACGACGAGCCUCAUGUGCUUGACUCGUUGUCGUCUGCGGCUGUCAGCGGAAAAUUUUCGGAUCGGAAUGAAGUUUUCGAUACAGCAAAACUCAGCCUGGCGUUCAGUGCCGUAUCUUCGGUGCAGACGGACUUCACCGAGGUCAGCAAAUUCUAUGGUCCGUAUCAGAAGGUAGUUCGUUUCGGUCCACACGCUGAGUUUAUGGUAACCGGCGGUGCGGACGGUCAUGUACGUGUAUGGCAGUUGCCGACCCUGAACAAGCUCACGGAUAUCCGUGCUUACACGACAGACGUCGACGACCUGGACGUUAGCCCAAACGGUGAAAGCAUCGUUUCUGUCGGUCGUGGUGGAGGUGCGCAUGUCUGGCAGACGAAUGACGGUUCCGAACGCUGCGAACUGACCAAGCACAGUGACGGUUGCUUUGUGCCUAAAGGUUAUAGGUUUCGGUUUUGCAGGUUUCUGUCGACGGUGGCCGGUGAUCGUACACCACCGCAGGACGAGUGCGUAUUCGUCACCUGCUCGAUUCCGUUGCAACGCAGUGCGGCCAAGAGCGACUGCUUCUUGACCGUAUGGCAGCUUAAGCAUAAUUCAUGCCGACCGUCCAUGUGCAACAAAUGUACCGAUGAGGUGGUGUGUUCGAUGUGUAUCAGCUCAUGCCGACGUUACAUAGGACUUGGAUCAAUGGACGGAAGCGUAACGAUCAUCAGGUCGACUGACCUGACGCUGCUUAAGUGCUGGAAACAAACGCACAGAAUAUUCGUCACAUCGCUUGACUUUCUGCCUACCGAACCUCCGUCGUUUUCCGUGUCUGCUGACAAUGCCUGCCAGCUGCACACGGUGCCCACACGUCAGUACUGCACCUUGGCCAAGUUCUUCAUGCUCAUGUCGUUGCUGCUAGUAGCCCUUCAUCUUCUCAUUCAGUACUUAGGUAUUUUUUCGCCAACUACGUAA